UGCAGCUCUAACGUGUGUUGUUUUCGCGGUUUUUAAAUCAAGAAAACAAAUUAAAAGGCUUUGUUUGCAAUUAAACAUGAGUAGCAAAGAGUGGAAACGUCUGGUAAAGUUAGAGUAUAUGAAAAUACGACAACAGAAACGCUACAAACGUGCCGACGAAAUCAAAGAAGCGUGGAUAAAAAAUUGGGACGAGCAUAAUCAUAAUGUGCAGGAUUUGUAUUGCGAAUCGAAGGUUUGGAAGGCAAAGCCCUAUGAUCCACCGCAUGUGGACUGUGUCAAACGUGCUGAGGUGACCAGCUACAAUGGAGUCAACAGUGGGCCGCAACGUGUACCCAUUUGUGUUAUAAACGCUGUCACGCCCAUACCAACUAUGUACACCUGGGCGCCUACACAACAGAAUUUUAUGGUUGAGGAUGAAACUGUUUUGCACAACAUACCCUACAUGGGCGACGAAGUGCUCGACAAGGAUGGCAAGUUCAUCGAGGAGUUGAUCAAGAACUAUGAUGGAAAAGUGCAUGGUGACAAAGAUCCUUCUUUCAUGGAUGAUGCGAUAUUUGUGGAGUUGGUGCAUGCACUGAUGCGUUCACACAGCAAAGAACUCGAGGAGACUGUUGUAAAAACAGAGACGUCGGCAUCAGAAAAGCCAAAGGAGGAGGACGAAAAGAAAGAAACGUCCGAAGCUGCAAAGGAUGAUAGUACUGUGACUGCUGAAGCCGCAAAAACAGCUGCAGUUGAGGAGAAAAAGGAAGUGUCGUCUGCUGAUGCUACUGAGACCAAACCCAAGGUAGAGGAAGUUAAAGAGAAGCUGCCGUUUCCUACUCCUAUUAUAUUCCAAGCAAUUAGCGCCAACUUUCCGGACAAGGGUACCGCUCAAGAGCUAAAGGAGAAGUACAUUGAGCUGACUGAGCACCAGGACCCAGAGCGCCCGCAGGAGUGCACACCAAACAUUGAUGGCAUCAAGGCUGAGAGUGUUUCCCGUGAGCGCACUAUGCACUCAUUCCACACCCUCUUUUGUCGUCGCUGCUUCAAAUAUGACUGUUUUCUGCAUCGUCACCAUGUACAGGGUCUGCAAGGACAUGCUGGCCCAAAUCUGCAGAAGCGUCGCUAUCCAGAGUUGAAGACCUUUGCGGAACCCUGCAGCAAUGCCUGCUAUAUGCUAAUUGAUGGCAUGAAGGAAAAGCUGGCUGCUGACAGCAAAACGCCGCCUAUAGACUCCUGCAAUGAGGCCAGCUCGGAAGAUAGUAAUGACAGCAAUAGUCAGUUUAGCAACAAGGACUUUAGUCACGAGACUAGCAAGGAUAACGGCAUUGCUGUAAAUAGCGCUGAAAUCAAUUCAAUUAUGGCUGGCAUGAUGAAAAUCACCAGCACGCAAUGCGUCUGGACUGGUGCAGAUCAGGCGCUCUUUCGUGUGCUGCACAAGGUCUAUCUGAAGAACUAUUGCGCCAUUGCGCAUAACAUGCUAACCAAGACCUGUCGUCAGAUCUAUGAGUUUGCACAGAAAGAAGCUGCAGAGUUUAGCUUCGAGGAUCUGAGGCAGGACUUUACGCCGCCGCGCAAGAAGAAGAAGAAGCAACGCUUAUGGUCGCUGCAUUGUCGCAAAAUUCAGCUCAAGAAGGACUCCUCCUCGAAUCAUGUGUACAAUUACACACCCUGCGAUCAUGCCGGCCCCUGUGACAUGAACUGUUCCUGCAUUCAAACGCAAAACUUUUGCGAAAAGUUUUGCAACUGCAGCAGCGAUUGUCAGAAUCGUUUCCCUGGUUGUCGCUGCAAGGCGCAGUGCAACACCAAGCAGUGUCCUUGCUACUUGGCUGUGCGUGAGUGCGAUCCGGACUUGUGUCAGGCUUGCGGUGCGGAUCAAUUCAAGCUGCAGAAGAUAACAUGCAAGAAUGUGUGUGUGCAGCGAGGAUUGCACAAACACUUGCUAAUGGCGCCCUCGGACAUAGCUGGCUGGGGUAUUUUCCUCAAGGAGGGCGCGCAGAAAAACGAAUUCAUUUCCGAGUAUUGCGGCGAGAUUAUAUCGCAAGAUGAAGCGGAUCGUCGUGGCAAGGUCUAUGAUAAAUAUAUGUGCUCCUUUUUGUUCAAUUUGAACAAUGAUUUUGUAGUAGAUGCCACGCGUAAGGGCAACAAGAUACGCUUUGCCAAUCAUUCCAUCAAUCCCAAUUGUUAUGCCAAGGUUAUGAUGGUCACUGGCGAUCAUCGCAUAGGCAUCUUUGCUAAACGCGCCAUACAACCUGGCGAGGAGCUGUUCUUUGACUAUAGAUACGGACCUACCGAGCAGCUCAAGUUUGUGGGCAUUGAACGUGAAAUGGAAAUUGUUUAAUGCAUUUAUAUACUUACACUACAAUACAAUAUACUACAAAAACUUAUAUCAAGCUAAACGGACUUUGCUACAU